AGCAUCAGAGGAAGAAAAGAAGGAGCAGUGACUCACAAAGGAGAGCCAACAGCAUCCCUUCUGUGCCAGCCCAGAAAAACAAGAAAUCUGCCAUGGACAUUUCAACACAUGUGCAGGAAGAAGACCACAUACCAUGCUGGCUGGGGAAUUCUAGGAGUUGAAGUCCAUUUCUUUGAGAUUGUUUGGGGGGGGAGGGAAACAUGUCUGAACAAGAAGAACUUGCUGAUUUGGCGGGACUUUGGAAUUCUUCGGAGCUCAACCAGUUCAGCCCCACCAAGAUCGCCAUUCCAGUGGUCUUCUCCAUCAUUUUUCUGUUGGGCACCGUUGGCAACAGUCUGGUUUUGGCUGUGCUCUUGCAGAACAGCCAGAGGGCCUGCAGCCAGACCAACCUCUUCAUCUUCAACCUGAGCUUGGCCGACUUCUUCUUCAUCGUCUUCUGCGUGCCCUUCCAGGCUACCAUCUAUUCCACGGAAGGCUGGGUCUUUGGCGCUUUCAUGUGCAAAGCUGUCCAUUUCUUCAUCUACCUCACUAUGUAUGCCAGCAGUUUCACCUUGGCGGCUGUCUCGGUAGACAGGUAUUUGGCCAUUCGCUACCCGUUACACUCCCGGGAAUUACGUACUGCCUACAGUGCGGUGGUGACCACGGUGAUAAUCUGGGGCCUCUCCAUGAUCUUCUCAGGGCCCUACCUGAGCUGCUACGACUUGGUUCAAUGGGAGGAGAGCUACAUCUGCGUGCCAGGCUGGGAAGGAUGGAAACGCAAGCUCUUGGAGACCAGCACUUUCAUCUUUGGCUACAUCAUCCCAGCUCUUAUUGUCAGUCUCUCCUACAGCAGGACAAUUAAACAUCUCUGGACAUCAGUGGAUCCUUUAACGGACAUGUCGGAGUCCAAGAAGUCUAAGUGGAAAGUGACUAAAAUGAUCAUCAUUGUGACCAUCCUCUUCUGCUUCUGUUGGUUGCCCUACCAUGUGAUUGUCCUCCACUACCUCUACGGGGACUUCCCAUUCAACCAAACGACCUAUGUUUGGCGCCUGCUCUCUCACUGCAUGGCAUACGCCAACUCUUGCCUCAACCCCAUUGUCUAUGCCUUGGUCUCCAAGCACUUCCGCAAAGGGUUCAAGAAGGUCUUUAGAUGUCUGCUGAGGAGGAAACCAUGGAACAAAUUCCGAGCAGUCCAUAGCACUCUUACCGAACCUGGUAUUGAAGUGGUCUCCACAGACAGGUCCUGAAUGAAUGAGGAUAAUGGACCACUGAAUAGGUGUCAAGGUCCAUCAUGGUCCCAUCGUCCCCUGCAUUUCAUAAGCCAAACUGGAAAGGGACUUCAGCAAAGGGGUGCCGAAUGCUUCCGAUAAGGCCAUCAUGAAUGGUUUAUUUUUGCUUUUUUCAGUCUACAUCGCAACCAUGCCCAGCCUUCAUAACCAGAGUAUCUUUUCUUCU